CACAGGAAAGCGGUUCCGGGCGGGAUCAUGGAGUGUAACUGUGGGGGUUAAUGUGGCUCCGGGCUCCCAUCCAACCGCAACUGCCCCGGAAACCAUUCCCAGCAGGGACAGCGGAACAGCCGAGCGCCCCCAGUGUCAUUGUGACAGCGAGAGACAGACGAGGGCCGGGGGAAUGAUGAGCGGCGUCGGGCCCCUUCCCAGCCGUGUAAUUAUGAGUUAUGAGACAGCAUGGAAGCUGGGAGCGGCAAAGUGACCUAACCGGAUACCAGCGCUCUCACGUCGAGACAUCACCGCAGUCAUGUUGGAUUCUUACUUGAGUUUCGAGACCCUCCGGGAGUUAAAGAGACUGCUCCACUGGGGCCCAAUCAUUGCCCUGGGGGUAAUUAUCAUAUGUUCCAUUAUGGCCAUCUUGGACUCCAUUCUGUGGUAUUGGCCCCUGGAUACCCCCGGUGGGAGCCUCAACUUCCUCACUCUGGUCAACUGGACUGUAAUGAUUCUGUACAACUACUUCAAUGCAAUGUUCAUUGGGCCGGGCUUCGUCCCGCUGGGCUGGAAACCGGAGAGAACUCAGGACUGUGCUUAUCUGCAGUACUGCAAAGUGUGCGAGGGGUACAAAGCACCGCGCUCUCAUCACUGCCGGAAAUGCAACAGGUGUGUGAUGAAAAUGGAUCAUCACUGUCCUUGGAUAAAUAACUGCUGUGGACACCGGAACCACUCGUCCUUCACCCUCUUUCUGAUCCUUGCCCCUCUGGGCUGCAUUCAUGCUGCUUACAUCUUUAUAAUGACCAUGUACACACAGCUGUACAAUAGAAUCUCGUUCGGUUGGAACUCCGUCAAGAUUGACAUGAGUGCGCCCCGGCGAGACCCCGCCCCCAUUGUUCCGUUUGGGAUCUCGGCGUUUGCUGUGACCCUGUUUGCGCUGGGAUUGGCUCUUGGUACAACUAUCGCUGUGGGGAUGCUGUUUUUCAUUCAGAUGAAAGUCAUUCUGAGGAAUAAAACCUCCAUUGAGUCGUGGAUAGAGGAGAAGGCUAAAGACAGGAUCCAGUAUUACCAGACUGAUGAGACAUUCAUUUUUCCAUAUGAUUUGGGCAGCAGAUGGAAGAAUUUCCGGCAAGUCUUCACCUGGGCUGGAUCACCGGAGGGGGAUGGCAUGGAAUGGGCAGUGCGAGAGGGAUGCCACCCCUUUGCUCUGACGGUUGAGCAACUGAAGCAGAAGGCAGACAAGAGAGUGCGCAGUGUGCGGUACCGAGCCAUGGAGGAAUAUAGCGGUGCCUGCUGCCCCCUAACCAAAGGCAUUCGGACUCUGUUCUCUACGCCCUGCACUGAGGAACCCCGCAUGAAGCUGCACAAAGGGGAUCUGGUUUUAGCCACCAGGGGAUUAAAGCACUGGCUGUACGGAGAUAAACUCUUUGAAGGGGAACUGCCAGACGACGUAAUACGAGUGAGAGGCUGGUUCCCGAGGAGGUGCGUCGUUAAAUGCGUCUCCGACUCUGGUUCCGACCAAUCAGACGAUGAGAAGAAAACCAGAUAGCCUUUCCAGAACCCGGCGCUCAGUACUUUAUCCCAUAACAGACUGAGAUACAGUCAGAGAAUUCAAUGCAUUACUGGACCCCUGAGGGUUGGGCACUAAGUUGGGCGGCCUACUGUACCCCUAUAUGGUGCCAUUGGGUUCCAACGUCCCAUUAUUCUGCCCAAAAAGUCACAUUUGUGCCCUACGGCCCGAUGUCACUUACGCAACUGGUACCCAAUACCAAAGGGGGGGCGACUUGGACUUGUGUCUGUGCUGCAGCAGCCAGACCAUAGCUUUAACUUGGACCCAAGCAGUGGGCGGGGCUAGAACUCUCUGAUAGGGAUUUACAGGGGGAGGAGCAAGGGUAUCUUAAGCAAUGGGUGGGGCUAGGGAAAGGAACGGGGUUUAUAAUUCAAGCAGCAGGUGGGAUUAUGACACUGAUAUUACAGGGGAACUUGCAGGGGGUUGGGCAAGCAGUCUGUAACUCAAGCAAUGGGGGCGGGGCCUAAACACUGCAAUGGCAACUUACAGGGAAAUGGGCAGGGAGUCUGUAAUUGGACAACUAUCAAAUUAAAGGCAAAAUAAAAGAUGUGGGUCAAUGUAAGGUUCAAAAAUACCAGACCCGAAAUCAUCUUAAAGUUUAGAUUUUAUGUUUAGUUUUAUGUUUAUGUGUUUCGUUUUAUGGUGCGAUUCCCCUUUAAAUGUGUAUGUGAGACGGAGAGCAGCAGUUAUAUAGUUAAAUAGCAGGGGGGAUGCUGUUGGGGGUUGGCUCCCAAAUUGUGUUAGGGGGUCCUGGGGCCACAGGCAAGCCGGGGCAGACAGACUCUGAGAAUACCCCCGGCUGUUUUGCACUGAAGGAAAUAGCACCCCUAAUGCGUUUGGGUUUACUUGUCCUUUAAAGAAAAGUCAGUCCAUAGGAAAUAGUGAGUCGCUUUGUGCACUUUCCCAUCACAACCUGUAGGCUCCAGUUCUACUCAUGCUGCACCCCCAGUACUUACAGUAUUGUCUGUUACCCCUCAUCUACUCCUGUAGUAUUCCCCCCCCGGGGGGCACAAACCUCCAACACCAGUAUUCCAAGUGGAGGCAGAGAGUUGUAGUGCAACAAGAGCAGGUUGUUUACAGGAUACACAUCCCUGCCUUGUGGGUUCCCUCUUCAACCAGCGCUGCCAAACGACAUUGAACUGUUAAUGGGGCCCCCCAACCCCCCCGUGUGUGUCCGACUGCAGAAUCUCUUUAUUUAUGGUUUGUUUCCUAAUUACCCCGUGUCGCUCUUUCCUUUACUCCUAACUAUUUUUUUGUAGCCGAACUGAAUCCGAAUCUUUUUACAAAUAUCCAGACUCUUUGUUGGUAAUAAAAUGAAAAACGAA